CUGCUUCACCUUGGCAACCCGGAGUGGACUGUCUUCAGUACGCAUGCGCAGACACUCGCCCUGCCUUCUGCAACAUGGCAGCCCCCGUAGACCUAGAGCUGAAGAAGGCCUUUGCUGAACUGCAAGCUAAAAUGAUUGAUACGCAGCAAAAAGUCAAGAUCGCCGACCUGCAGAUCGAGCAGUUGAGUCGCAUGAAGAAGCACUCCAAUCUGACACAUGUGGAGAUAACCUCCCUUCCUGACAGCACUCGGAUGUAUGAAGGAGUCGGGCGCAUGUUUAUUCUGCAGUCAAAGGAUGAAAUUAAUAAUCAACUGUUGGAAAAGCAGAAGACGGCAGAUGACAAGAUCAAGGAGCUUGAGCAAAAGAAGACAUACCUGGAGCGCAGUGUGAAGGAGGCAGAGGACAACAUCAGAGAAAUGUUAAUGUCCAGGCGGGCCCAAUAAGCUGCCAGUGCACACACACAGGCACACACCUCUGUUUUCACUUCACUUUGCUCACCUGCUAUUGGUUUACACUUUUUUUUUUUAUUACUCACCUGGAGGUGCAAAGGUACCUCUGCGAACACACAUUAUUGUUGUACUUGUGAAUGGGGCCAGUAUGACUGGAUGAACAUGGGUGUGAUAUAUUUAGGUUAUGGGUGUCUGCCAUUACACCUGUCUGUCUGAUCACAUCGUUCUGGAACACUUUCACUGUUAGGAAGUGUGUGUGUGUGUGUGUGUGUGUGUGUUUUUUUUUUUUUUUUGUAAUAAAACCGUGGGUUAUUUAAACUGGCAUUAGCAUGGUAAUAAAGGUGAGUUAUGAAAUGACUAAA